AGCACAAUAGAUGACAUUUGUAGCCCCUGCCUCCUUUGUCCCGUGAAAAUGGUCGAGUCCAAGAAUGAGGUCACUCCCACCCAUGUUGUCCUAUUGUCCGCGGCAUCCGCGACGGUUGAAAAAUACAAGACUCGCCGGUUCCGGUGUUUAAAAUUCACCAGACUGGCAGUGUUGUAACGUUGUCUUAAACAAACGUGUGUUGUUGAGGAAAGUGUGGAGUCCAAAAGUUCAACGUCUUAGUUUAGAAGUGCCUUCAGGUGACCCGAGGAGAUUGACAGUUGUCCGAUUGAGAGUUCCAACACAACAAAGCCAUGGAGGAGAACCGACGGAUCUCUCUAGGCCCCGAGUUCCUGAGAUGCGGGAUCUGUCUGGACGCCUUCACCAACCCCAAGGCUCUGUCGUGUCUCCACACCUUCUGUCGGGACUGUCUAGCCCAGUACGCCGCCCGCAGGUCCAGCUUCCCCUGCCCCAACUGCCGCAGGACCGUCUUCCUGCCGUCCCACAGCGGCAUCGACGGCCUUCCCGACAACUUCUGGCUGUCAAACAUCAAGGAAGAGUUGACCAAGAAGAAGAAGAAGAAGAAUGGGGCUCUGAGCGGGGAAGAGAAAUGUGCCGUGCACCAGGAAGAGAAGAAGCGGUGGUUCUGCGAGAACUGCAAACACCCCAUCUGUGACGAAUGCAUCGUGGAGAGCCAUAACGGGCACAGAGUCACCAAGUUCAAAGAGCUGCUCGUAGCCAAACGCGAGGAGAUGCACUCUCUCCGACAGGCGGUGACAGAGCAAGUUGACAGCAUGAAAACGCAACUUGAAAAGACGGAGGAAGAAGGGAGAAAGAUCAUUGCGAUGAAGGGGAAAGUUGAGGCAGAGAUCAGGAACUGCGCGCAAGCGUGGUGCGACAUGAUAAGACAGAAGGAGCGACAACUGCUAGACAAAACGGCGACAGUUACGGAAGAAACACAGAUUCUUCUCCUCGAGGACCACGAGAGGAUGCGACUCGCUAUCAUUGACAUCUCGACAAUGCUGGAUAAAGUCAAAGCCACCACAGAUGAAAGCAACUUGGAUGAGGUACUCCGAGGGGUGGAAGUGUUGACGACUCUUCGACAGAACGCCGAUGAAGUCAGGCAAACUCCGGCGGCCAUAGAAACGCCGAAAAUCAGCUUCACUCCGUUAGAGGUGUGGCCAACUGAGCUCGGUGAGGUUAAAGUAUCCAGUAUUCCUGACAGGCGAGUGAAGGCGAGGAAUAAGAAUUACAGGGACUCCGGCCAGCUGAGAAUGGGCGGCCAACACCUCCUUUUCCCGAGGAACCCUUCCAACAGAGUUGCCUCCAGCCGGGUUGUUCGAGUCGGUGGGCCGGAGUGCGGACAGGGCGCCCUUGAAGAACCGUCAGGAUUGGCCGUUACCGCCGACAAGAAGAUCCUCGUCUCCGAUUGGGCCAAGCAAGUGAUUCAAGUGUUCGACCAAAAUGGUCGAUUCGUUCGAAAUGUUCAUCUCAACGACCGCGGGAAGGUCAGUCCCGGAAGGCUUGCCAUAGACUCGAAGUCCAGGAGGAUCUAUCUGCAAUGCACCGUUCCCUGUAAUUCCAGUCGGGAUAAGAAGAUUAUCAAAGUGUUGAGCGACCAGGGCCGACAUCUCUUCCAGCUCGGGUCAGGGCUGCGUAGGCCUCACGGUGUGUCCUGUCACACCGCUACCGGAAACAUCGCCAUCUUGGAUACAGAUCUGCGCAUGGUCGUCAUCAUGUCACGUGAUGGUGAGCGACAAAUGAGCACGUUUGGAUGCAACCUGGAACAUAACGCCCCUCCCCCCAUCUGCUUGGACUCCAUCGCUGUGGCUCCCAACGGGGAUAUCGUCAUGGCGGACUGGUGGUACAGUUGCGUCAAGGUCUUCGACCCCGAAGGUCACGUUCGCUUCACGUUUGGUUCUCCGGGAGAGCGAGGGGGGCAGCUGAACCACCCGGGAGGGGUGUGCGUGGAUUCCCGGGGAAACAUCAUCGUGGCGGACGAGAGAAACGGGCGGGUUCAGAUGUUCGACGCCUCCGGGAAUUUUGCACGUGUGCUCGCGUCAAGAUCAGACGGACUGGAGUUCCCAAACUGCGUCGCCGCGGUGGACGACGGGAAAAUUGCCGUGACGGAUGAUGGGAAGAAAUGCGUGUUCCUGAUAGAACAUGACCGUGCGUAGGACUCAAGACCCACGGACGACAACAUUAGCUCCUGUACCCAGACAACAGGGCUUCAUCGGCAACCGUGUCUUAACUUUGUCCUUUUUAAACCUCCUUGGUCUCACUGUUUCCUACAGGAGUAUCCGAUUAAAGCUUGUGUUCACCUCCUUUACAUAAGACAUAAGCUGCACUUAUACAGGUCUGCUCAGUGUCACUGAGGGUACGGGAUGCUAUCUGAAAUGUUUGACCGUUUUCAAAAUAAUCAUAUCCAGUUGGUUGAAUCACUGCUAUGUGACGUGUCUUUUUAAUUAUCUGAAUGUCUAGCCUUCAUCGACGUAUCUAGGACUCACUAAGUUGUAAAAGUGCGCAACAUUUGUUGAGCUACAACUGUUAAACUGUCCCGUUUAAUACAACAAACUGAAAUCAAUCUAAAAGUCGCAACUGGUGGUGGAACGUUAACGAUCGACAUUUAACAAUAUUUAAGUCACCACAUAAAUCACACUUCUCACAAGACGACAGGCAAGCAAAGUGCGAUGAGUCGAUGACACGACAGCAUUUCAUCUAAGUUCGAGCAUGUACACUUCUCUUUUGAAAGUCUCUUUUCACCGAAAAUCUAUAUUUUAGGCCAUGUUGAUUUGAUUAAAUGGGGAACCCAAAAAUAGUGCGAGCGUGCGAACAAAAAAACAUUGCCUUUAUUAUGAAAUCUAAGUGGUUAGGAAUGUUGAACAAAUGACUAAACACACGGUGCAUGGUAUACCGAACGAUAGAUUAUUUUUAUUUUUGUUCUUUCAUUAGAAUGACUGGCAUUCUACGACAUUAAUAGCCAUUUUCUUAUCUGAAUUGUAUGUUAUCCAUGUAAUCAAAUCAACAUUGCCCUAUAAAGUGAAUUAGAUGCGUGCAAUAGGGGUGUUGUUUCAGUUGCACCAUGCAUACACAUGUACAUAGUGUACGUGCACACAAGAACGUAAUACAUACAGACAUAUAGCACAUGCCAAUAGUAUCUUCCUCCCGUGCGUGGACAAUAUAUUCUGUCCUUGAGUAAGAGCAUGGGUUACGUUUAUAAAACUUUCAAGUUUACAUCAGCAAACAUAACCAUAUCGUGAAAAAGCAAAUAGCUCAAACAGUUCGCCUUACAUCACAAUGUAUACAUAUAGUGCUUAGAAUUGCUGUGUAUGCAACAUAGCUCAUUGCCUGUAUGCUUAUUCUUGUCGAAUUUUGUAACAUAUGCCAUCUCGGGUGUUGGUAAGCUAGACGCUUGAAAUUACAAAUCUAAACAAUGUGAAUAUGGAAAAUAAACCUCCUUAGGAUAUUGUAUGCCAACUUGCUGGAGAAUAUACAUUUUGCACACGGCAAUCACAGAGCAUGACUUCUGGUAUAUCGUG